UUUGAGCCUUUGCCAGUCACAGCAGAACAGGUCAAACGAGAAACACAGAGAGAUCCUCUAUUGGCGAAGGUCCAUGAGUUGGUUAUGAAAGGAUGGUCCACUCCACAAGAUGAAGCGAUUAAACCGUUUUACCAGCGGAAAGACGAACUGACAGUUCAUUGUGGUGUCCUAAUGCUUGGACACAGAGCAGUCAUUCCUGCAAAGUUGCGUAAUCAAGUGUUAACCGAGCUUUACGAAGGUCACCUUGGUAUUGUUAAAAUGAAGUCUCUGGCGCGAAGUUACAUCUGGUGGCCCAAAAUUGAUAAGGACAUUGAGCACCUAGCCAAGAGCUGCCCUGGUUGUCAACUUCAACAGAAUGAAGCCGGCAAAGUACCACUACACCCUUGGGAAUGGCUAACCACACCUUGGCAGAAAAUCCAUUUAGAUUUUGCUGGGCCGUUCCUAGGACGAAUGUUCCUUAUCAUUGUAGAUGCACACUCGAAGUGGCCUGAAGUGGAAAAAAUGCCAUCUACCACAUCGACGCAGACCAUUGACCGACUCCGAACUAUUUUUGCCCGAUAUGGAGUGCCAGCACAGGUGGUGACCGACAAUGGGCCACAAUUUACAUCCGCAGAGUUCCAACUAUUUUUGAAGACUAAUGGUAUCAAGCAUAUUACCACGGCCCCAUUCCACCCUGCAACCAACGGUCAAGCGGAACGUUUUGUUCAGAGUUUCAAACAUGCUAUGAAAUGCGAGAAACAAAGUGCAUCCCAGCUGAAAACCAAUAUGGCAAAGUUCCUUUUGGCUUACCGGAAUACCUCGCAUUCGACGACUGGAGAAUCACCGUCCGUGUUGUUUUUGGGCAGACCGCUACGGACUCGCCUCGAUUUGGUGAAACCUGAUUUACAAAGGAAAGUGAUGAACAGACAAAUCGAUCAAGCGGGGAGGAAAGGACAUUCCCCUACACGUCAAUUAUCCAUUGGUCAGACUGUCAUGGCACGUAAUUACAAUGGGAAAGACAAGUGGCUAACAGGCAUAGUUCGAGCUCAAACGGGACCCCUUUCGUACGAGAUAAAAGUUGGUCCGAAUCGAAUUUGGCGACGUCACAUCGACCAGCUUCGAGCCUCGAGUGUGAAAGUAAAUGACCAGAGUGAUGAUACGACUGAACCUCAUCCAGAGCUCGGAGAGACUGGCCAGAAUAUUGCACCAGCAGAAGAAAUUGUCGCAGAGCCGGAUAUCGCACUAGCCACUAUCCACCAGUAG